AUGAUAAACGGUGGGACAAAUAAGUGUAUAUUUUUUUUGUUGUUUAAAAUGUAUUUUAUAAAUACUCAUUUAUCGAGGAUCUGGAUAGUGUUAGCAUUGUGUUUCUAUUGGUUUUGUGUGGUGAAUUCGCAGUGCCAAGUCGCGCAAACCUGUGUCCACGACGCCACAGUUUCUGAUUGUCUUGCUGGCGAAGUUUUGGCACCAAAUGUACACAUUUUCAAUUGUUGUCCUGCGUGUCGACUACCUGGCCCGACUGAUCCGGGCGAUGGUACGGAGUGCAAACCACCUUCUAGCUGUUUACCUGAUGGUUCUUUUGGACCAGUACAAUGCAAAGGCGAUAUGUUCACAGGACGGUGUUUCUGUUCCGAUAAAGAUGGAAACAGAAUAUUUGGACAAAUGUGGCGGAAUGAAGCUAGUGACAUGAGUUGCGCAUGUAGCAGAAGACGAGCCGAAAUAGAAGCAUCGGGAAGAAAAUUUGUAACACUACACUGUACUGGUAACGGUGAUUAUGAGCCCUUACAAUGUGAUGAUGGGCUAUGCUGGUGUGCAAAUGUUAAAACGGGACAGCCAACGGUCACCCCAGUUCCGCAAGAAGAUAUGAAGCGUUUGCCGUGCUAUAGUGCGGGAGUGGCAGGCGAGCAAUACUUGCGAAGAUGUGAAAGUUUAGUUCAGUCAAUGGCAACGAUUAAUCAAGAGCAAGCAGAACAUGGCACUAAGUUUUUCGGUAACCCCACGACAUUCUGUGCUUAUGAUGGAAGCUAUGGACCGUUUCAAAUACGGAACGGAGUUGCAUACUGUAUUGGAAGGGAUGGUGAGAUACUGGGUUCGUGGCAAGUUAUAAGCAGUGAAAUGUCUAGAAUGAAUUGCAAUUGUGCUCGCGACACCAUGAUAUAUUUCCCAGAACGGGGCAUGACUGUGACGGAAAUAUGUUUGGCUAAUGGCAACUACCAACCGCAUCAGAACGUUGGAGACGUAUACUAUUGUGUUGAUACUGACGGUUACCCGAUAGAGUUUCUAGAUGAAUGGCCUUCGGAUAGAUGUGCCAGUUACGCCUGAGAAAUUAUGCUUUAUACACAUUCACAAUUUAUUAC